AUGCUGUCUGAGCUGGCAUUCGCCUAUGACAGCCUGCCACCUGGACUGCCCAUUGCUGCCGUCACAGGAACCAACGGCAAAUCCACUGUCGCCACUUUUGCAGGCCAGGUGAUGAUGACGUGGCAGGUGCUGACGUGGAAUAUUCUCGAGUCCAUUCGAAUCCACACGUUUGUGGGCGGCAAUCUGGACGGCAAUCUGGGCGCGCCCCUCUCACUGGCAGUGGCAGCCUCGUCUCACCUUCUCACCCUUCACGCCCCCUUCGUGUUCCCUGCUCAGAUUCUCGAGUCCAUUGGAAUCCACACGUUUGUGGGCGGCAAUCUGGGCGCGCCCCUCUCACUGGCAGUGGCAGCCUCGUCUCACCUUCUCACCCUUCACGCCCCCUUCGUGUUCCCUGCUCAGAUUCUCGAGUCCAUUGGAAUCCACACGUUUGUGGGCAGCAAUCUGGGCGCGCCCCUCUCACUGGCAGUGGCAGCCUCGUCUCACCUUCUCACCCUUCACGCCCCCUUCGUGUUCCCUGCUCAGAUUCUCGAGUCCAUUGGAAUCCACACGUUUGUGGGCGGCAAUCUGGGCGCGCCCCUCUCACUGGCAGUGGCAGCCUCGUCUCACCUUCUCACCCUUCACGCCCCCUUCGUGUUCCCUGCUCAGAUUCUCGAGUCCAUUGGAAUCCACACGUUUGUGGGCGGCAAUCUGGGCGCGCCCCUCUCACUUGCAGUGGCAGCCUCGUCUCACCUUCUCACCCUUCACGCCCCCUUCGUGUUCCCUGCUCAGAUUCUCGAGUCCAUUGGAAUCCACACGUUUGUGGGCGGCAAUCUGGGCACGCCCCUCUCACUGGCCGCCCUCGAAUUUGUCACAUCGUCACAGCGUGGUCACACUGGCAGCUCCAAGCCCUUCCAGGCACGAGUGGUGGAGGUAAGCAGCUACCAACUUGACUGCUGCCCACCCGCCCACCUCUGCCUGCAUUUCCCACUUUUGCUCACCAUCACCCCUGUUCGCCCCUGCUGCCCAUAUCUCCGCCCAUCCCGCGCCCACUGUUUCCCCCCUGUACAGGCAGCAGUGGUGGAGGUGAGCAGCUACCAGAUGGAGUUGCCUGGAAGGUUCUGUCCCAAGGCUGCAGUCAUUCUGAACCUCACGCCGGACCACCUGGAGAGGCACGGCAGCAUGGAGAGCUACGGGGCGGCAAAGUGUCGUCUAUUUGCGCACAUGGGGGAGUCUGACGUGGCAAUCAUUCCAUCAGGUGAUCCUCUGCUCAUGCAGCUAGCAGGGGAGGCAGGGGGACACCCCAGCAUGGCAUGGCUGGGCCAGCUACCCGGGUGCACUGUGAACCAUGCUGAGAGAACCGCUCUGCUGCAGCUGCCACUCUCCAGAACAAGCAACGGUGCUGACAGCAGCAGGGAGGGCAAGGAGAGCAGCAGGGGGCACGGCAGCAGCACGGGAGACCAUUCCCGUGUGCUGGCUCUGGAUCUAUCCGCGUUACAGGCUGUGGGCAGGCACAAUGCCGAGAAUGCGGCUGUAGCGGCGCUGCUGUGCCUGGCGCUGGGCAUGGAGAACAGUGGAGUGCGGUUGGAAGGGGUGCAGAGGGCAGUGAAGGUGUUGCAGCCACCACCACACCGCAUGGAGCUGGUGGUUGUGGACGGUCAGGAUCGUGCGUGGAUCAACGACAGCAAGGCCACCAACGUGGAGGCAUCAACGGCUGGGAUCGAAGGGCUGGGAGAUGAAUCCACGGCUGUUAUUCUGCUGGGAGGAAUAGCUAAGGUCUUAAAGUUCCUCGCAGCAACAGAUGAAGGAGGAGCAUCUGACGCCUCCCCUCUGGGCUUCUCCAAGCUUGUCCCCGUGCUCAACCGCCAUCGCGCUGUCAUCACUUUCGGCCAAUCAGGCCCGUCCAUUGCCAACGAGCUCUCAGCAGCGUGUCUCUCGGUCACUCUCAUUCAGUGCACCACAAUGCAGCAAGCCAUGCAUGUUGCUGCGGAAACAGCACUCCCAG